AUGGUACGUUUCUGCACCAUCGUCGACCCUCAAUGCUGCCGACAAAGCGAAGAACUGGUCUGGAUACAUCUGGAGAGCGCAAUGCCCCGCGCACUCGGACGGAGAAGAGACCAUGUCCAACCCCCCGUCGCUGCCGACGAGGUCGAGGUUUCCGCUGACGCUGGCUCCGGCCAGAUGUCCGUCCUCGACGCUCUGAAGGGUGUCCUGCGCAUCUCCCUGAUCCACGACGGUCUUGCCCGUGGUCUGCGUGAGGCUGCCAAGGCCCUCGACCGCCGUGAGGCCCACAUGUGUGUCCUCAACGAGGGCUGCGAGGAGGAGGCUUACAAGAAGCUCGUCGUCGCUCUGUGCUCCGAGCACAAGAUCCCCCUCAUCAAGGUUCCCGAUGGAAAGAUGCUCGGCGAGUGGGUCGGCCUCUGCACUCUCGACCGUGAGGGUAAUGCCCGCAAGGUCGUUAACUGCUCUUGCGUCGUUGUCAAGGAUUGGGGUGAGGAGUCCCAGGAGCGCUCCGUCCUCCUCAACUACUUCCAGACUGAGCAGUAG